AUGCGGUGGCUGUUGGCUGCGUUUUCCGCUCUCUUGUUCUCGAUCAACGAGUUCGAAGCCUUACCCCAUCAGCGUAUCCUAGGAGGCCACGAUGCAGCUCCAGGAGAGUUUCCUUGGGUUGCAGCCAUUUGGGCGGAAGGCAUUUUCUUCUGCGGUGGAUCCUUGGUGUCACCUUUCUACGUCUUGACCGCUGCCCACUGCGUCUAUCGGUUCAGCAAUUUUCACGUCAUCAUGGGGGCUCACGAGUUGUUCGAAUGUUCUGAGACGACGCGGCAAUCUAGAAACACGACAACGGUGAUCAUCCACGAGGAUUUUGUCCCAAAGAGUUACAAGAACGACAUCGCUCUGCUGCGUCUGAGUAUUCCCUUUUUCCCAACACCUUGGGUAAGAACAAUUCGGCUAGCAUCGGCCCCUCACUGGAAGGACAAUAAGCUGAACCUUCAAACAGCGACCCUUACCGGAUGGGGUUUGGAUCGAGAUGACGCUCCAGAACUCUCGACUGUACUUCAGAAAUUAGAUCUCCGGUUAAUUUCGAACGAGUAUUGUGCGACGAUGUUCUCCGUACCCAACGCCAUCGGAAACAUUCAACUUUGCGCAAACACGACGAAGGAUCAGUCGCCGUGUCGGGGUGACAGCGGCGGUGCUCUUACUGUGGUCGAACUUGACGGACGCAGGACUCAGAUUGGAAUCGAUUCGUUUAGUACAGGUGCCUGUUCAGAUGGAUUUCCGGAAGUAUUUUCAAAGGUGUCUAUCUUCGUACCUUGGCUUCGUAGUAAAAUGGGCUUUUUAGCCAACGCUUUGUAGCAUGUUACUUAUUCUUUAAUCAAGACUUGAAAUAAUUGAUAAGAUCAGGAUCAGGGUACCGAUUUGUGUGGUCACUUUUCAUACAACAUUAGCCAGCUCUUUGUAUUAGUAAGGAUUUACAUAAGGAUCAUUCAAUUGGUUUAAUAAGGUCAACGAA